CAUUUGUAAGACAAGGUCAAAGUUAAAACAAAACCUUUAGAAUCAACAAAAGGGAUUUUUUUUCUAUAUGACCUCGCUACUCCCAGUUAACCAAUAACGUAUUAAAUUCGAAACCAGGAAGAAUCUGGAGGAGCUUGUGCCUGUCGCCACGACAAACACAGCAGUUAGUCGCCAGGACGCUGUGACGGGGAUUUAUCACUCAUAUUAUUCACUUCGUUUCUUUCAAGUAGAAAUAGAUGUGGAGCCAGUAAAAAGUAAUGUAACCAGCGGUGUGCCACAGUACUGCCACUUCAUUUUUGAAAGGCAGUGUUCUGUUCCACUCGAUGGAAACUGAGAAUAGAACAUUACAAUGGCUUUACAAGGUAACAAACCUAUGGAUGUAGCAUUCCCAGGAAAUGCUUUUACCCAACAGCCUCCAGGACAGCCUCAUUAUGCAACAGGAGUUGUGAAUCCUGCCUUUACAAUGCCUGAUAACUCAUUUGUACAAUCUCAGUAUCCUGCUGGUCCACAAUAUGGACCGGCAGGUCAAAUGGCAUAUGGAGUCCCUGGCCAAGGCCUAGUAGCUGCAAUUCCCAACCAGCUUGGAAGCCCUGUUGUCCAGUGGAUGCCACUGCCACCUCCAUCUCCAGACUGUCCACCUGGACUAGAAUACCUGAGUCAGAUUGACCAACUUCUGGUUCACCAACAAAUUGAACUCCUUGAAAUUUUGACUGGCUUUGAAACCAACAACAAAUAUGAAAUUAAAAACAGCAUGGGACAGAGAGUGUAUUUUGCAGCUGAAGAGAAUGACUGCUGCACACGGAAUUGCUGUGGACCAGGAAGACCAUUCUCCAUGAAGAUUAUUGAUAAUACAGGUCGAGAGGUAAUCAGUCUGAACAGACCUUGCCGAUGUUCAAGCUGCUUGUUUCCGUGUUGUCUGCAAGAGCUUGAGGUUCAGGCUCCACCGGGCGUGACAGUUGGGUAUGUUGCCCAGCAGUGGCACCCUUGUUUGCCCAAAUUUUCCAUUCAGAAUGAGAGAAAGGAGGACAUGCUGAAAAUUACUGGUCCAUGUGUUGUAUGCAGUUGCUGCUCUGAUAUUGAUUUUGAGGUAAAAUCUCUUGAUGAAACAUCAGUAGUUGGAAAAAUAACUAAGCAGUGGACUGGCUUUGUUAAGGAAGCAUUCACUGAUGCUGACAAUUUUGGUAUCCAGUUUCCAAUGGACCUCAGUGUAAAAAUGAAAGCAGUAAUGUUGGGGGCCUGCUUCCUUGUGGAUUACAUGUUCUUCGAGCAAAGUGGUGGGAGUGACAGGCAGCGUGCAGGAAUAUGGCAGUUUUAAGCAGCACAAAGAAGUGACUGAUCAACUUUUUUGAUGCUUCAGUAGUUUAUAUGAUGUAUAUAAACAUUUUAAAAACGAUUGAAAUCUUAUGAUAAAAUUUCUUCUACUGCCAAAAUGCAGUUACCAAAAAAAAGUAAAAUAUAUGUGUUGAUGUUUUGUUUCAGAAAAGAGUAUUUAGAUUCUUGAUAAUGUAGCAUUUUAGGACCAGAUAUCAUAGCAAUUUUAUUUUAAGGUUAGUAUGACUACUUACCACCUGUAUUUUUUAUUCAGUCUGAAAGAAAUAUUAAAAAUGUUCCUAGUUGUCACACUGCUGUUCUACAAUAUGUAAAUGAUAAAGACUAAUCCCAGAACAAAACAAGAUAAACAGUUGACUGUGAAAUAACUAAUCUGUCGUUGCAAUUUAUAUAUACCCUCAAAAACUGUCAGUCUUUUUUUUCUUACUGCUGUUUUGUUUUAUGUUAAACAGUUGCUUCACCUCCAGCUUGGAAAUUAAAAAUAUAAUUGUUGUGCC